CUUUUGGCAACACAACAUGGACUUUGCAGUGGGAUUUUUUCACUAGGGGUAUACAGUACCCUAUAUUGUCUCCCCGACAUCAGCAGGUACUGUAUCCGUACCCUAUAUUGUCUCCCCAACAUAAGCAGGUACUGUAUACAGUACCCUAUAUUGUCUCCCCAACAUCAGCAGGUACUGUAUACGUACCCCUAUAUUGUCUCCCCAACAUCAGCGGGUACUAUAUCCGUACCCUAUAUUGUCUCCCCGACAUCAGCGCGUACUGUAUCCGUACCCUAUAUUGUCUCCCUGACAUCAGCGGGUACUGUAUACAGUACCCUAUAUUGUCUCCCCGACAUCAGCGGGUACUGUAUCCGUACCCUAUAUUGUCUCCCCGACAUCAGCAGGUACUGUAAACAGCACCCUAUUUUGUCUCCCCGACAUCAGCAGGUACUGUAUCCGUACCCUAUAUUGUCUCCCAAACAUCAGCAGGUACUGUAUACGUACCCCUAUAUUGUCUCACCAUCAUCAGCAGAUACUGGUCUGUACCCUAUAUUGUCUCCCUGACAUCAGCGGGUACUGUAUCUGUACCCUAUAAACAGGGUCCUACAGCUGGAAGAGGCCUUGCUACUGCAGAUAGAAGCUCUGGAGGAGAGUCCCCCCCCCCCCGCCUGACAACGCAGGAGGAGACCCGCCCGACCGGAGCGGUAAUGUAUAAUGACUAACGCUAACGGUUUUCUUUUUAUCUCCUAACUAAUGGGGUCUUUUAACUUAUUCACCAUUAAUGUAAGGAGUAUUAAGGACCAGAUGAGAUGACAGACCAUCUUUGCAUUUCUUGACAACCAGAAUUGUAAUGUGUACAUGUUGCAGGAAUGUGCCUUUCCUUUCUCCAGGUCAUACAAACACCUCAUGCGUCAGUGGACCCAUGGUCCCUCCUACUGGUCUGGGGGUAAUAGCUGUAAGUCUGCAGGGGUCGCCAUUCUGAUCAGGGGGAGCCUCUUCACUGUUGAUUCUGUACUUGAGCUAGUCUGCGGCCGCUUACUGGUCGUGGACGGUUCCUGGGCAGGGGAGCCUGUUAGGCUUAUCAACGUGUACGCCUCCCCUGAGAAGGGUGAGCGUUUGGAACUAUUCCAAACCCUGUGGGCCCAGUGAGCAACCACUCGGGCGGUAGUGUUGGACGGAGACUUCAACUGCCCCAUUGAGGAGGACGGGCGCAGCACCAGCAAUGGUGCCAACAAUGUCACCUCCAAACUGCUUAAGGAGAUGGUAACCGAAGCAUCCUUAAAGGACGCUGUUGGGUCCAUCAGGAACGGCACUGUGAAUUACAGCUGGUGCCACCCCGAUGGCUCAGUGCGUUCUAGGAUUGACUUUGUGUUUACCUCACGUACCAUCAAGCAGACAAGGUAUGCUAUGGUCCCCUGCUUCUUUUCUGACCACAGGGCCAUUCACUUUCAGGGAGCUUUGGGCUGUGGUUUUCCUCCAGGUCCGUGCUCCUGGAAGCUGAACUGCAAACUGUUGGGAAGGGAGGAGGUUAUGCAAGAACUGAGGGAUGCAUACAUUUGGUGGAGGAAUGAGAAAUGUUGUUUUGAUAAUGUCAGUGACUGGUGGGAAUUUGUCAAGGUCCAAUUGCGUAGUUUCUUUCAGGUCAAGGGCAGGCGCCAAGCCUGCAAACGCAGGAGGAACUUCAAGAGGCUGGAGCGAAAUCUACAGUCCCUUCAAGACCUCCAGCAGUGUGGCUGGGAUGUGAGGAAGGAUCUGGAGGAGACCAAAGAGGACCUGAAAGGGCACUUUGCAGAGGAAUCCAGGCGCAUCAUCUUCCGCUCCAAGGUGGAGCAUCUUGAGAAGGGGGAAAAGUACAACUAUUUCUUCUUCCGAAAGCUCCACUCCGACCACACACCCCUGACAGAGCUCCGCGACGAGACCGGCACCCUGAAGUCAGAGCUCUUCGCCGAUUGCAUCCGACGGAAUCCAGAGAUCAGAGGGAUCACCGCACCAGGACCUGCCAGAUCCCAGAUCAAGUGCUUGCUGUACAUGGACGACGUGACCGUCUUCUGCGCUGAUCAGCAGUCGGUGAGAUCGCUCGUCCAGACCUGCAAGGACUUCAGCAAAGCUUCAGGAGCCAAAGUCAACAGCGGGAAGUCAGAGACCAUCCUCUUCGGAGACUGGAACCUGACUUCUGACAACGUCCCCUUUUCCAUCAAAGCCGACUUCAUCAAGAUCCUCGGAGUCUGGUUUGGCGGUGAGGGCGCUGCCCUGAAGUGCUUGGAGGAGAGAAUGGCAAAGGUCAGACAAAAGAUUGGCGUCUGGAGCCUCAGAGACCUCACCAUCGAAGGGAAGACACUGGUGCUGCGGAAUGAGAUUCUUCCUGUCCUGCAGUACAUGGCCCAAGCAUGGCCUCCGCUGGCUACGGUCUGCAGGGCCAUCACAAGGGCAGUCUUCCACUUCAUCUGGGGCUCCAAGAUGGACAGAGUAAAGCGGUCAGUUAUGUACAAGGCCCCCUGCAAAGGUGGAAAAGGAGUCCCUGACAUCCCCACCCUGCUGAGGAGUUUCUUUGUGUGUAACUGCAUCCGCCAGACGAUCACCGGUAAAGAAAAGGACUCUGCUGGCAGCUUUAUGUCCCGUUUUUUCCUUCUUCCACUUUGGCUUUCGCUGGGGUGGGACAGGUGGGACAGCUCCUACCCUUACAACUGGAACACCCCUUGGUUUUACCUGGAUGUUACAAAGUUUGUGAGGGAACACACUGGAGAGAGUCAAGCCCGACUUGUGGAAACUUGGAGACAAUUCACAAGUUGAUCAAAGCCAAGGAUACUAUGGA